AGGGCGGCGCAGCUCCGAUACCAGCGCCUUUGCCGGGGCUCUAGGAGUGUUUGUUCCAACUGUUUAAACUGUCUCAAAGCGCCCGAACCCGAGCGACCUUCGGCAAACAACUGCUAAUCUCGCGGGCGGAGAGUGUUGGCUUUAUGUGCGGAUAGGGUACAUCGAGCGCGGGGACCCGGGAGCUAAAGCAGCCCUCCUCCCGGCACCACCCCCCCCCGCAGCCGCCCACUGGGACCCCCGCUCACGGCCCUUUCCCGCCCCAGGACCGCGAGCUUCUUGCGUCAGCCGGGGCGGGGGUGGGGGAUUUUCGGCACCUCCUCCCGCGGCCAGUCAGGGAAGGAAAGGCCCGGGCUCUUGCCCCGCCUUCGGGGGGCGGGAGGCGUGUCGGGGCAGGAGCCCGGCCGGCUGUUCGGGCCGUGUCGGCGAGAAGCGAGUGCCCGAGAGCCCGCCGUCGCCGCAGCCGCUGCCGCUGUCAGUGCCGCCUGGUCCGCAGCGCGUCUCGGCAGCCAGGACAGGGCCGCCGCCGUCGGGGAGCCCCAGAGCACAGUCCCUAACUCAGCAUGAUGGACUUGGAGCUGCCGCCGCCAGGACUGCCGUCCCAGCAGGACAUGGAUUUGAUUGACAUACUUUGGAGACAAGAUAUAGAUCUUGGGGUGAGUCGAGAAGUAUUUGACUUCAGUCAACGGCGGAAAGAGCAUGAGCUGGAAAAACAGAAAAAACUUGAAAAGGAAAGGCAAGAACAACUUGAAAAGGAGCAAGAGAAAGCCUUUUUCGCUCAGUUACAAUUAGACGAAGAGACGGGGGAAUUCCUCCCAAUUCAGCCAGCCCCACACAUAGCAUCCGAAACCAGUGGAUCUGCCAGCUACUCCCAGGUUGCCCACAUUCCCAAACCAGAUGCUUUGUACUUUGAUGACUGCAUGCAGCUUUUGGCAGAUACAUUCCCAUUUGUAGAUGACAAUGAGGUUUCUCCGGCUCAGUUUCCAUCCCUUGUUCCUGAUAUUCCCAGCCACAUGGAGGGCCCAGUCUUCACUGCUCCUAAUCAGACUCAGUCACCUGAACCUCUUGUCCUUCAGCUAACCAGUACUGACUUAGAUAACAUGCAGCAGGACAUUGAGCAAGUUUGGGAAGAGCUGUUAUCCAUUCCAGAAUUACAGUGUCUUAAUAUUCAAAAUGACAAGCUGGUUGAGAAUAGCACGGUUCCAAGUCCAGAAACCAAACUGACGGAAAUUGACAACAGUUAUCAUUUCUACUCAUCGAUCCCCUCACUGGAAAAAGAAGUAGGUAACUGCAGUCCCCAUUUUCUCAGUGCUUUUGAGGAUUCCUUCAGCAGCAUCCUCUCCACAGAAGACCCCAGCCAGCUGACAGUGAACUCAUUAAAUUCAAGUGCCACAAUAAACACAGAUUUUGGUGAUGAAUUUUAUUCUGCUUUCAUAGCAGAGCCCAGUGUCAGCAACAGCAUGCCCCCCUCUGCUACUUUCAACCAGUCACUCUCUGAACUUCUCAACGGGCCCAUUGAUGUAUCUGAUCUCUCACUUUGUAAAGCCUUCAACCCAAACCACCCUGAAAGCACAGCAGAAUUCAAUGACUCAGACUCUGGCAUUUCACUGAACACAAGUCCCAGUGUGGCAUCUCCAGAACACUCAGUGGAAUCUUCUAUCUAUGGAGACACACCGCUUGGCUUCAGUGAUUCUGAAAUGGAAGAGACAGAUAGUGCCCCUGGAAGCGUCAAACAGAAUGGCCCUAAAACACAGCCAGUACAGUCUUCUGGGGAUACAACCCAACCCCUGUCACCAUCUCGGGGGCACUGUGCUCCAGUGCAUGAGGCCCAGAGUGAAAACACACCAAAGAAAGAAUUGCCUGUAAGUCCUGGUCAUCGCAAAACCCUCUUUACAAAAGACAAACAUUCAAGCCGCUUGGAGGCUCAUCUCACGAGAGAUGAGCUAAGGGCAAAAGCUCUCCAUAUCCCAUUCCCUGUAGAAAAAAUCAUUAACCUCCCUGUUGACGACUUCAAUGAAAUGAUGUCCAAGGAACAAUUCAACGAGGCUCAACUUGCAUUAAUUCGAGAUAUACGUAGGAGGGGUAAGAAUAAAGUGGCUGCGCAGAAUUGCAGAAAACGAAAACUGGAAAAUAUAGUGGAACUGGAACAAGAUUUGGAUCAUUUAAAAGAUGAAAAAGAAAAAUUGCUCAAAGAAAAAGGAGAGAAUGACAAAAGCCUCCAUUUACUGAAAAAACAACUCAGCACCUUGUAUCUCGAAGUCUUCAGCAUGCUACGGGAUGAAGAUGGAAAACCCUACUCUCCUAGUGAAUACUCCCUGCAGCAAACGAGAGAUGGCAAUGUAUUCCUUGUUCCCAAGAGUAAGAAGCCAGAUGUUAAGAAAACCUAGAUUUGGGAAGAUCUGACCUUUCUGAGCUAGUGGGGUUUUUUUUUGUUUGUUUUGUUUUGUUUUGUACUGUUAUACUAAAAGCUCCUACUGUGAUGUGAAAUGCAGAAAUAUAUACUUUGUAAUUCUAUGCAAAAGUAUAGUCAAAACUAGUGUAGAGAAUAUAAAACUUUGAAAAGCAUUAAAGUAACUUAACAGUAUGCUGAAAUCAGUUUCACUGUAACUGCAAAGUUAAUUUCUUAGAACACCAUUUGGGCUAGUUUCUGUAUACGUGUAAAUACUACAAAAACUUAUUUAUACUGUUCUUAUCUCAUUUGUUACAUUCAUAGAUUUAUAUGUUUUGACAUCUGGCUAAAAGCAAAUUGUUCCAAAACUAACCACUAUGUACUUUUUUAUAAAUAUGUAUGAACAAAAAAAAAUGGCAUUUUUUAUAUUAAAUUGUUUAGCUCUGGCAAAAAAACAACACCCAAUUUAGUUGAAAAGCUGGUACUAAUAAAGGAAUAUUAUGAUUGUUA